AUGCUUAUUGCCUUUAAUGUGGAAUUUGGUAAGUACAUUGUCAAAGAUUUUAAAGAUACUCACAUCCAACCCCUCAUCAGUGAGGAUUAUGCCCAUAUGAUGCCGUCGCAGCGAAAAAUCAAGUCAGUGCAAGCUAUUGAUGUGGAGUUGGCUGCCGAUUGCGGAAUACCCACACAAUGUUUGAAAGAUCCAUCAUUCUUCUAUGCUGUGCAAUUGGAUAGCAGUGCAAUGAUAACAAAUAUAUUUUGGGUCGAUUCAAAAAUGAUAUCAGAUUAUGUGCAUUUUGGAGAUGUGUUGACAUUUGAUACCACGUACAAACUUGUUCAUGGGAAUCGGCCUUUUGUAGUUUUUCUCGGUUUGAACCAUCACAGGGAGACAGUUGUGUUUGGAGCAGCUUUCAUGUAUGAUGAGACAACUAAUCUUUUGGUUGGUUAUUCAAUACAUUCUUGA